GUGAUAAACUUUGGGCUAGGCCACUAGACGAUAUGACGAUAUGAUGACAAUGAUAGAUGUACGAGGAUGGAGUGUGUCUAACAGCUAUUGACAAUAUUCAUUAAGGAGACGUUAGAAGCGGACUGUAAGUUAUUAAACCCACAGACCGCAAGCGGCAAAACUGAAAGCAGCAGCCGGACAGGGAGGAAGCAUGGAUCGAGUUAUUGCAUUAGUUGACAUGGAUUGCUUCUACGUACAAGUGGAACAGCGGAUACAUCCGGAGACGAAAGGCCUUCCUUGUGCAGUGGUGCAGUACAAGAAAUGGAAAGGAGGGGGCAUUAUUGCUGUUGGAUAUGAAGCACGGGCAAAAGGCGUAACUAGAAACAUGUGGGGGGACGAUGCCAAGGCCAAAUGUCCUAAUAUUCACUUUUUCCGAGUUCCAGAGGUCCGAGGAAAGGCCGAUCUCACUAAGUUCCGUGAGGCUGGAGCUGAGGUGAUAGCAGUGCUGAGUAAAUUCAGUAACUGUGUAGAGCGAGCCAGUGUCGACGAAGCCUACAUCGACCUGACAGAGGAGGUGAGGAAGAGGAUUACCUCUACAGACACUGACGAUGUCCUGGAGCAGCUGCCCAACACAUUUGUUGUUGGAUGGGGGGACGACAAAGAUGGUAGUAAGAGAAAGCAGGGCAUGAGUGAGUGGAUGAAAUUGCUUCCAUGCACCGGAAGUAAUGAUAAUGCAGAUCAGAAGCUGCUGAUUGGAGCACUUAUAGCAGAGGAAAUGCGGGCUGCAGUUUACAAAGAAACUGGCUUCAGUUGUUCUGCUGGAAUAUCAUAUAACAAGAUGUUAGCCAAGCUGGCCUGUGGACUCCAUAAGCCCAACAAGCAGACAAUCCUUCCCCACAGUUCUGUACAACAGCUGUUUGACACGCUACCUAUCACCAAAAUACGAAAUCUAGGUGGAAAACUAGGCCAUGCAGUGAUAGAACAGCUGACCAUUCAGAACAUUGGUCAGUUAUGUCAGUAUGAGCUUCACACACUGCAACAGAACUUCGGAGACAAAACAGGAGCGUGGUUGUAUGAUGUUUGUCGAGGAAUUGAGCAUGAACCUGUGUCAGCCCGACAACUGCCGAAGUCCAUUGGAUGCAGCAAAAAUUUCCCGGGGAAAACAUGUCUUGACACAAAAGAAAAGGUGAGAUUCUGGCUACUAGAACUGUCCAAAGAAGUGGAGGAGAGGUUGAUCAAAGACAGAGAAUUGAACAAUCGGUUGGCCAAGUCUAUGACUGUGAGUGUACGUUACCUAAGUGACCCUUCGCCUGUGGUAGCUAGCAGGGCUUGUGCCAUAUCUAGAUAUGAUGCAGAGAAGUUUGCUAAUGAUGCGUAUGCCUUAAUUAUGAAACUAAAUAAUGCACCAGCUCAUCAGAGUGCUUGGUCACCACCGAUUCUCUGCCUAGGAGUAUCAGCAACAAAAUUUCAGGAGGAGAGCAGCAGUCAGUCCACACUGAAUAUGUUGUCUUUUGUGGGACAGAAAACAUUGUGUUCUGGUUCAGCAAGUCAAUCCCCAGUGUCGCCGGCACCACAGAUAAAACCCAAGACUAAGACCAUCGACAACUUCUUCUUUAGAGGUAAUGAUACACUGAUAGAGCCAGAUCACUGCGUCGGUAUUGAUGGCCCACAUCAGAUCUCUACCGAAUGCGAGCAGGUGGAUUCUUCGGUUAAUUUUUCAUAUCGUUCAAUACAAUCCACAAAUAAUGAAAAUUGGGAAGAACAGGAUAUAUUACAGCUGCCUGAGGAAGAAGUUUUAACUACUGAGUAUUCAAGUGUGAAGCCUAAUCCAGUCAUUAAUGGGAAGAAAGGCAAUGUAAAUGGAUUUUUUGCAAGAAGGAACUAUCAGCAUGGAUCAGUGUCCAAUUUGCCAAGAGAGCUAACUUUAGUUGAAAGUCAAGAAAAAGAAAAGACAGACACUCCAGGUGGAAUGGGACUUAAUGGUGUGAACUGCUACAUGAAGAAGAAUGUAAUUUCCCAGAAUUCAGUGGAUCCUGAUUUUCUAGCAGCACUUCCUCCUGAUCUCAGACAAGAAGUUCUAAGUCAGGUGAGCUGUGCACCUUUCUCUCCUGUAGGCAAUCAGUGCAAUGCACCUAGAAGUCAAGAACAAAGAGACAAAACUAGUUUGGAGAAAUUUUUGACCAGACAGGAUUCUUCAGUGUUGUAUGCAGAAGAUUCACAGAAGACAGAGAAUCUGGUCACUUGUGAUAGGUGUAAUAAACAGGUUGAGAAAUCCGAGUUGACAGAACAUUUGGACUUUCAUUUUGCUAAAGAACUGCAAAAAGAGCUGACUUGGACCUCUGACAAAAGCAGUGACCAUAGGAAGCGGUCAAUGGGAUGUAGUGAUACCUCAUCAAAGAAUGUAGUGACUAAGAAGUUUAAAAAUAACUCAGGACAAACACAAACAAUAUCUCAAUUCUUCAAUAAAAAAUCAUCCUGAUAUA